AUGUCUGCUGCUUUGUUGCCCAAGCCCCAGAUGAGAGGCCUCCUGGCCAGUCGUCUGAGAAAACACAUUGUAGUGGCUUUCCUUUUUUCGAUGGGAUGUGCAGCUGGAUACAAGUUUGGUGUGGCUGAACCAAGGAAAAGAGCGUAUGCUGAGUUCUAUAAAAACUAUGAUGCCAUGAAGGAGUUUGAGGCCAUGAGAAAAGCUGGGGUGUUUGAAAGUCCACCACUCAAAUGA